UCCCCCUCCUAGUCCUUAAAAAACGUAAUUGUAGAAAUGGGGCUAAGUCCAAACUCCGGAUCUGAACCCCCCCAAUCCCUGUCCCCCUUCAGAGCGGGGGCUGAGUUUUUCUCUCUAAGGAGCUGAACUAAACCCUCCCGUCCAGCCCCCUCUGACAUGUUCUCUCUUUACUAGGUAGUUAGUGGGUGGGGAAGUUUGGCUCCCAUCGCCAAGGAAUCGCUUUCCGCUGCUGGUGGUAGCCUUCAGUUCUUCUUUCCCAGAUUGCCCCCUCCCCCGCGCCGCUGCUAGGGUAUCUAUCGCUGUCAGAGGCCCGCCGAGGCGUGCGGGGGAAGGGAGCUCUGCCCCCCCCCCCGCCUGGCUGUGCUCCGCAGCCCCUCUCGCUUCCCCACGCAGCCACCCUUGCGGUUUUGCAGCUAGUUCCCUCCUGAGUUUCAAAGGGCGCCACGUGACUUCCAUGAAAUUGACAAGCGAGAGCUGCUGCCGCCGCCGCCGCGAGUGCGGGACUCCCAGGCUCUGCCUCCCGGAGGCUGCGGCAGCGGCCGGAUCCGGGCAGAGGGGGCGGCUCCUCCCCGGGGGCUGGGGAAGCACAGAGAGCGUGCGAGCCGCUGCAGCCAGGUGCAGGCUGCCGGGAUGCCCCGGGCCGGAGUUUCCCCCUAGCGAGGCUGGGGACAGGAGUGCGCUGGCAGGGGCCGGGGUGCGGGGAGCGUGGCUGCUCUUUGGGCUCCCGCCGCGGCCCCGGCCGCUCAGCAGCUCCCGGGAUGUCGCACGGUGUCCCGGCUUCGGGCAGCGUUCUGCAGAGAAGCGCCUCUUCCGAUGGGAAUCAGCCGCAGAGUCCUGAAGAGGAUGAUAGGAAGAUAAGACGGAGAGAAAAAAACAGAGUCGCUGCCCAGAGAAGCCGGAAGAAACAAACACAGAAAGCAGACAAACUCCAUGAGGCAAUACAAAACUGCCUUUUGCAGCCUGCAGAAGAUGUAUCCUGUGUGGAAGGAUCUUUGGAUGGUGUGGAACUCCUAAACCACCCAUCUCUUCAACCAAUGCAGAGGGCAUGGCUGGGGAAAGAAGCUGGGUAUUCUGGUCACAGCCCACACUCCUGCAAUCCCUGGUUCCCGGAAUGGUCCCUUUGGGCCAUUGCCAGCAAGCACAACCUAGAGCACCCGUAGGCUACAACAGUUUGUGAUGGGGGAACCAGAACAAAAUAGAUUAGCCCAGGAUCAGGGGAAUGCAAAGGUGGCUAAAUGCUACCUUCGCAAUCCCCUCCUGAGUGGGACUACAUGCUUCGUGGCCACAGCUCAGGAUCUGGGCCCACAACAGUAGCUCAGUAAGAACAUGGAUAGUAACAGUCGUAUUGUUACAAGCAUCUGUAUUUAUUAGGCUAGUUCAGUAUUUUGAUUCUUAUGUUAGAUUUCAAAACAUUAAAUAAGCAGAAGCAACAAUUUAUUCUGCUAUCAUUUGAUUAAAAACAGGUGAAGGCACCGAAAGGAAUGUUUUUAUUAGCAGUGGGCUUCCU